UUGUCUACUAUAGCUAAUAGAAUUUCUUGUGGACAUUUUUUUGUAAAUUCGUCCCAUUUCUUUCCUUAGUCAUUAAAUACAGAAUAAUAGUGAAUACUGUUAAUAAUGGCAGAGCCCAAAGCACAAGGAGUAAUGAAACUAGAAGAAUAUAAUGCCAUUGUGGAGGAUUUUAACAAAAUGACAUCUUAUAGUCGGAAAUCUGAAAAUGAGUUGAAAAAGAAAUAUAAACACUUACCAGCCACUACUUUGGGCAGUAUAAUAUCAUUACUAGUACAGAGAUCCAUGAAGCAUAGCUACAGAAAGUCCCCACAAAUUUCCAGUAAAUAUCAUGAAUUUUAUGAAGGACUAAUGAGGGACAAGACUAAAGAUAAUGUUAUUUUACAGCUUUCAGAUUGUCAGGGCAUCAGUCCAGCAUUGUUUGCAAGGUCACUGUUACAAGGUGUAUAUUCUGAUUCAUCACAAGCCAAAAGAUGUAUCAAAGAUACAACCCUGAUUGAGGAGAAAGACUUAGCUUACCAAGUUUUUAUGGGUAUCAUGAAUGAUAAUCAGUAUGGCCCCUAUGCAGAUGUUAUAAAACAGUCUAUUGGCUUAGAAUAUGAACUAAGACUAGAAAGGGAAUUGAGACUAAUGAACAUCACAUUUUCUGAUGAAAGUGUAUUGAGGUCCCGAGGCUAUGACAAAACACCAGAUUUUAAAUUAGAUGUUCCAAUUGCAGUGGAUGGAUUUAUUGUGAACUGGGUGGAAAGCAAAGCACUGUUUGGAGAUGAAGAAAAUCAUUCAGGAUAUUUAAAAGAACAACUGCUUUGCUACUGGAACAGAUUUGGACCAGGAUUAGUCAUAUACUGGUUUGGAUACUUAGAAACCUUAGAUUCCACCCCAGAAGUAAACAGUAUGUUUAUAUUAAGAACUAGUUUUCCAGAUAAAGCAAGUAUAACACAGUAUAAAACUGAUAUUUAAGGUCAAUUUGUGUUCAGGUAUUUAGCCAAUUAUUUAUUUAUAUAUUUAAAUAGAAGAAACAUAUAGGUAUCUAUAAUUAUAUUUUGCUUCAUUUGACAAUACAGAAAAUCAUUGUUUGAGCUAUCUGAUUAUGCCAAAUGAAAUGGAGUUACAUGAUAAUGCUUGGACUUAACGUUUACAUAGUGUUUUAUCUACUUCACCUUUAGUGCUGUGUGAUUAAACUUGAUUGGAAUUAUUCUAAUUAUACAAUACUUUGGUAGGUCAACAUAGAAAAUAACUAUUAAACUUUUAAUUAAUUUUAAAUCAGUCCAUUAGUGUAAUCAAGUAAACCAAAGCUCCUUAGCUUUUCACACAUGAUUGGUUAGCCUCAAGGUAAAUUAUGUAACUAAUUACCUACCAUGGGACUAACUGACAGUGUUGACUUAUCUUAUUGGUGCUAACACAACUGAUAAACUGCAUAUAAAAUCUACUGUUGUACCAUGUCGGUACCUAGUUGUUCAUUGGACAUUGUACUUAGAAAAAUCAAUGUUGUCAAAUUUGAAUUUCCCUUGACAACCCUCAUGAGGGUUAGUCAAUAUGUACCAGCUCCACAUCUGAGUCUAGUAUAAAACUAACGUCAUUCACGUCUGGCCAGGAAAAAAAAUCCCCCUUCCUUCUCAUAAAUUUAACAAGCAUUCCGGAACCUUCAGUUAGUUCUAAAAGUUUGCCUACAUAAAACUUAUUUAGGUAUUUUUAGUACACGAAAUUAAACUAAGAGGAAACUGCCAAUUUGAUGCAUUAAGGUAUCAUUUUUGUCUGUUUUUUCGAAAUUGUUUUGUACAGUAUCUUCCUCCAUAUCACUUGGUUCUGAUUCAGAAAAGAACGGCCCUUCAUCUGAAGAAUCUCUUAAAGAAUAAUCAUCAUUGCUUUCAUCCGUUUCUUGAACUAACUUCCUCUUGCUAUUACAUGCUAAAGGCAUGUGGUACUGGAUUAUUAUAAUCAAUAGAUGGUUCUGGAACAAUAUCAAGAUUUUUAUUGUUACACGAAUUAAGCGAUUACUUUUAUCCAAGUAGAAAGCGAAUGUUGACUUUUUUAUGUUUGGUUUUUCAUAGAGGAUUUACUGACCGGUUUUCUUUUAAAUAGUCUAAAAGCGCAUUGUCAACGCUAUAAUUAAUUUCUUGUUCAUAGUCAGGAAGUUUUCUUAAUAUUUUAUGAGGGUUAAAUGGUACUAUCCCGGCAGCCCUAAAUCCAGGGAUGAUAUUUUCUUUACUGGUUAUCUCUAUUGGAUUGAAUCCUCAGCAGGCGGAUCCUCAUAUUUUUCUUCGCAGAUGGGACAGUAAAUAGGUUUUUUAUUCGUGGUUAUUUGACCACAUGUUUUCAUGCUAUUGCUAUUUUUCUUCUUUUUCAGGCUAUCUCGAUUGAUCCCCGAUGGUCCUAGCUGAGAAUCUAAGUCUAUUUGCUUUAUGCGUUUUCGAGCCUUGUUUUCCUCUUCCUUGCGUUUCUCUGCUAAUUGAUUUUUAUAGGGAGUUCCUGUAACAAUUUCGGACUUUAAACUUGCUCUAGAUCUUUUCUUCUUUUGCUCCGUAAUUUUUGGUAAAGGACUUAGAUCAAUUAACUUAACUUUAACUAUUUGAUUAUUUGACUGAAUGUUUUCUUUGUUUAAAAGAUUAUCAUACCCCGCUGGUUCAGUUUCUUUAUUAAACAAUAUAUCUCUUUGUUUGUCUGACUGAAUAUUUUCUUUAUUUAAUGUCAUGCUGCUGUCAGCUUCCACUGUUGCGUCUGACAUCGUACUUGUUGCCUCUUGGUUUAUUUUCCCCUGUACUUGUAUAUUUUCGGCUACUAAGGGUAAACAUGAAGUAAUUGUAUCUGUGUUAAUAUUGGUUGAUAUUAACAUAUUUACAAAAAACUGGUAUUAAGGUAUGACUACACUUUUUCACUCAGAUGUUGGCUAUGGCAAAGUCGGCAAUCGUUGGCAAAGCUAGCAGGUUUUACGGUACAAUUGCUGGAUGGGUUUUGUAGCCUAACUUCUUGGUAACCAUUUUUGAACUUGAUUUUUAUUUCCUCGUUUGUUGUCAAUUCUAUAAGUUCUUCUUCCAGCUAAGGUGACAUUGCUGUGUUGACAUUUGGAAACGGAUCCAAUACCUAGUCUGGUAUUUCCAAGUUCAAAAUGUCCUGGUAUCGUUCGGUGAAGUCAAUGUGGAGAUUUUCCAAAUGCUCGCAGUAGGCAAACAAUUCGUCAUUACUGCAUGAUACUGAUAAAUUCGGAAAAUUGUGAAACUCACGUCUGCCCAGAUUCUUUUUGUGUAGAAGCAGUUUUUUGUUGAGAGUCGAGAGCUCAUGCAGUCGCUCCCAAGAUGUCAGAUUCCAAAAGUGCGAAUGUAUUUGACUUUAAACCAUCCUCACUAAUCGUAUCGCAUUUGAAAUCUUGUCUUGGGCCUCCUUUAACUGUCGUCGGCUGAGGACUGUGGAUGCCCAUUACAUCUUGGACAAAUGCCUAGCAUUUAGUUUGUUUAAUUUUAGUUUGCUUGUAUUUCCCUCCUUGGAAACCUUUUGACACACUUAUUGCCUUUGCAGCCACCUUCACAUUGUUCUUUUCCCGCUCCAUAAGACAGACCAUCUGCCAAACCUUUCAACCCUUUAUGAACGUCAUCAUCGGACCAUUUUAAUUUUCCUUUUUUUCAUUAAUUUUCUUUUCCGCUAUCAAUUGGUACUGAGAUAUUUGUAUGAAUGUCAUCAUCGGAUCAUUUUAAUUUUCCUUUUUUUCAUUAAUUUUCUUUUCCGCUACCAAUUGGUACUGAGAUAUUCGUAUGAACGUCAUCAUCGGAUCAUUUUAAUUUUCCUUUUUUUCAUUAAUUUUCCUUUCCGCUAUCAAUUGGUACUGAGAUAUUUGUAUGAACGUCAUCAUCGGAUCAGUAAAAACGUCUCUAUUAAAUGGGAAUAUCCCCGUAGCCCGAAAUGCAUUACAUAUGUUACUCGGUGUCAUGGACUUCAAGUGCGCUACUUUAACGCACCCAGCUACAUCAUAGAUAGACAAUGUUUUGCCUGGGUUGCGCAUCAUCCAGCCAUCAACCGCUUUAUUGUAAGCCGUUUUGAAAGGCCCAAAAACGUCUAAAGGUUGCAUCUUUCCCGUUGAAUGCGGUGGGACGGUAACAAUUGUGACUCCAUUUUCUUUAGCUAAAUCAAGAGCCUCAAUGCAAAUAUGUGACUCAUGUUUAUCUAGUAUUAGAAAAAUAGGGUUAUUUUUACAGCUAUUUGUGUGAGAUAUAAAAUGUUGUAACGUCUUCACAAAUAGUUCUCCGUUUAUCCAGCCAGAUGGUGUAGCAAGACCUAAGGUUCCAGGAUCUUCAUCAGAAACACUCGGAAUCAAAUUCUCACCGCCAGAAGAUGAUCCACUUGGCUGAAAUUCUUCUUGAUCAUCAUCUGAAGAUUCCAAUGGGGUUACGUUUCUCUUUCGUCGCUUACAUAACUUAUUCAAAGGAAAGGAAACUGCCUUUCCUUCGAAUAAGUUAUGUGUCCUAACUUUUUAUACAGCUUCAGUCUUUGUUUUUUUAGUCUUCUUAUUUUUCUUUUCCGCCAGAGCAUUUUUUUCUGGCGUGUAGGUGGCGAUCAUACUUUCUUCCACCCUUUCUUAUAUAUUGUGGCCCUUUUAUAAUGGGUCGAAAAUCUUUCGUUGAAACUAAAUUAGUAUAAGGUUGAGAACUAUCCGGCGUUAUUCUACUGGUAGAUGGUAUAGCAACAUCGUAUGGAGUAAUAGCCUUUUUAAUUGUUGCAAAAGAUGUUGCUUCAAGAGACAGUGAAAGUAAGUUUCUGGGUUUAAUCGUAUCCUGGUCAAAAUUGUUAGUAAGUAGAGAUGGUGAAGGCGUUCUAUGAUCAUCCGGGCCUUGAUCGGCAUCCAGUUCUGCUAUAUCCGCCAGGCUCGAAGCUUGGAGAAGGCCUAUAAUGUCCCACUGCUGGGCAAAGGCCUCCCCAUCUCGCUUCCACACUUCCCGAUCCUUCGACCCAGUCCACCAGUCUCGACAGUAGACGUCUAGUUCGUCACGCCAUCUCUUCCGGGGCCUACCCCGCCUGCGGUGUCCAUCCUGGGGUGUCCACUGGGUCUCACCCAGUGGAGAAGGUAUUACAUACAAUAAAAACCCAAGCAUUUAAAAAAAAUAUUUAUUGAUAUACGACUUGCGACUUUUUCGGGCAUUAAAUUCACGGAAAAUGGUUUUUAAGUCCAACGUUUUUAACAUAUCUGACUCUAUAUACAAUGUUGAUAAAGCAUUGAGCCUUUCUUGCAGCAUCGUCGUUCUCUUUUCAUUUUUUAUUAUUUUCAAUUUCGAAAAAGAUCGUUCCGCUGUGCAGUUUGAUAUCAUCAGGCAUAAAAAUAUACGCAGGGCUGUGUCCACAUUAGGGAACGCUGAUUCAAUUUUAUCAUCGUGUAUUAUUUUGUACAGUUGUGCGUGAGUUUGACGUGAACUUGUGCGAGGCAAGUCACUGGAACUUACUCUUUUCGAGACAUAUGAAUGAAACUGUUGAAUUUCGGUUUCUAAGUCGGUAUUAAGGUCCUGUGGAUACGUGUUUACUAAAUUUCUACAAUGCAGACUGUAUUCUGAAGUUUGAUCCGGACAAAUAAAUUUAUCGACAUCGGGUAUUUUAGUAAGGAAUGAGAAUUUGUCUGCUAUUUCUUUGUAUAUCUCUCCACUUCUUCGCAUCUCUGCAUUUUAUUUAUCAAUGACGCUAUAAAAACUCAUGAUUUUAAAUUGUUCUCUCGGGUUGAGACUUACUUCAGGAGCUGCACCGUCAUUAGGCAUUUUUUCCUUCGUCUUUGACGGGUGUUUUUAAAGUCCACAUUUGGUAGCUUUUCUUUUGCGCGGGCCUCUAAAUUAUCAAAGUCGCCACGUAAAUUUUCAAAAAAAUCGACGAGGGUGUUGUAAAGAUUAGGGCACGUCUCUAGAGUGACUUCUGGGUCUUGUAAUACUUUGCUUACUUUUCGAAAGGUUUGCAAAAUUUGGUCCCACAUGAGCAACAUAAGUACGAAUUCAAACUCCUGUAGUUUAUCUGACAAAUUAGCUGCUUCUCUUCUGGUUUCUCCUUUUUGUAUGUCAUCUUCAGAAAUGACGUCUAACGCACAUAUAAUUUUAUUAUACAUAUGUCUCUAAAAAAGCAGAAGUCGCUUUAGUGUGAGCUUCCCAUCUGGUGUCUGAUAGAGAUUUUAAUACAUUUUCAUUUUCUAGAUGAUUUUUUAAUAUUCGCCACCUAAUGGUUGAACUAGAAAACACAUUCAGCCAAACCCUCUCAUCCAAUCUCGGCCUGCCAUUUCAUGAACAUUUUGUUAAUCACUGCCAUUUGGUAUGCAAUUCUGCGGCAAUCUUUAGAAGUUAGGCCAUAGAAUUUAUUUGCACAAUCCAAUAAAUAUUCCUUUAUGCUGUCUUCUUGUUGGUCAGUAAAAAUUUUACUUGCAUCGUAAUGGGGCUCUAGUCUACACGACGGAUUGUUCUUGUAUUUUGAGAUGUAUCUUCGCAGUGUUGGAUAGGGAAGGUUGCAGUCUUUGGCGGCUUUUCGAAUGCUUAGUCCAUUCAAAUGUUUUUCUAUACCUUUUUGUAUAGCUUCUCCGGUGUGAAACCCUUUUUUACGAGCUUCCCUCCCUACCGUGUUUCGACCCAUGCUGAAAUAGACAAAUAGUGAUUAAUUAAUUAUACGUACUCAUUUACACUUGAAUGACUAGAAUAUUACUCCCUACCUGUUUAUAUACAAAUCACUUAGAUGUGGUACACAAAGAACCAUGGUUCAUUGCUUACCCAGGAUAAAUGGCUCACAGCGAACCCACCGAAAAGUUAGGUUAUGUUUUAUACAAAAACCGUUGAGAAUUAAUUCCAAAAAAUAAUCUCAAAUAAGCCUAAAGGCCCACAAUACACAUACAAUUCACAGAAAGUUAAGUACGACUAUAUUAUUAAAGUAACUACAAAAAGAAACUCACGUUGUUUUCGUCGUUUUUGCUCUCGUAAACACGAGGACGCGGCUCACACGUACGUAUAUCGCGACAAGCGCUCGGCGACUGGAUCAAACUCAGGGUUGCCAGAUGCCGAUUUUUUAAUCUCGUACUAGGACUGACUAAUAUCUCGUAGUUUCUUUCUAAUCUCACACCUUAAUUUAGAUACACUAUGUACUAUAGCUAGCUAGUCUGGGGUAGUUAUAUUCAAAAAAAAAUCCUGUUUUUUUUGUCCAUUUUUUCAUCGAUUUUGACGUUGUUUUGCGAUAAAAUACUUAUAGUAUUAGAAACUUGGUUCCAUUCAGGAACAUCUUUUAAAGACAUCCAUGAAAAAUGUUUUGUGUCUUUGUAUAAGUUUUCAGUCCAUGACUGUAAAUAUUCUACUGCUAUUGUGUACAUGCUUUUAAUAUUUUCUCUGAAAGCAGUCACUUUUUCAGAAUUCUUGUCGUUGUCAUUAAAUUUACGCAAAAUAGAUUGCACUUUUAGUGGACAAAAAUCUUGUUCUAUUCUUGCAUUUAUGCUGUUCAUUAUCUCAGAACAGUUAUCCAAUACCUCAUUUACAGAAACAUCAGCCUUCUCUGAACUUUUGAUGUAGUUUUGAUAAAUGGCCAUGAAAGAAUGAACAGCCCAAAAAUAGCCUUCGUUUAGAGUUUAGAUCAUUGUCAAAAAAAUCUCUUAAUGUUCUGGAUGCAUUAUUUUCAUUUUUCUGGAAAUAUGACUUAACAUAUAACAUAUAUACAUAUAGUCAUAACAUGACAUCUGUAAAAUCCUUUCUAUCGCUGGGAACAAACUCAGCCAGCGCGUCUUUGAAUAAUAAAUCAUUUUUUGAAAAUGAACGUCUAAUUCACAGCUAAUCCUUUUCAGUUCUUCGGUACGCACUGUGAAAAUCGCAAAAUGGUUGUGAAGCAAAAGGUUAGAGUUUUUAGUAAAGCGAGAACAUUGUUUUGUCCAUUUCUAUCUUUGCCACCAAAAUUCGUAGCUGCAUUAUCCGCCGAAUAAGCCACUAGUUUGUUCGUGAGGUUUUUGUCGCGCAAAGAAUCGUAGACGUAAUUAGAUAUCGUUUCGGAUGUGUCUUUUGUUGUGAUUGAAUAUCUAUUAGAGAGACCUGGAUUCCGUCUUUCAUGUAAUCAAAAUACUGAAUUAACAGCGGAAAUAACUUAAUAGCACCACGAUUACUUGCGUCGGUAGAGGUGCUUAUAUAUUUUAUUUCAGACAACUCGUCCAAUAUUCUUUUUAAAACAUAUGGCGCGAGAACAUUUUUCAAAAUUGCUUCUGCCUUUGUUCUUGCACAGGUUACUUCUUUUGCAAUGUUUGAAUCACGACACUUUUGAAGUGGUACUGAACAGUCUAGUGAAUUAAAUGACUGAUUAUGUUUUACCGUAUGAAAAACUAAAGUAGCCUCAGCUGCCCACACUUCAUCUCUUGGUCCUGAUUGUACAAUCACGUAAUUAUCCAUUUUGGACGAACACGCAGCAGCGGUCCUAAUACUUUUUCGAUGCUUUUCGGUACCCAAAUGUUUUUCCAGAUCGAACUUUCCUCUACUUUGCAUCACAAACCUCGCAUUUAACUUCCCACGGCUGGUGCCUGCUUAAACAUUUUGUAGGAUCGUUUUAAUUCUUCUGAAAAUAUACAUUUUCGCUUUGGCAUUUUGAGAUCUGAAAAUAAUACAACCAUUUUAUUUGUAUCUUAUAGCAUCAUUCAUAUCACACAUAUACACUAACCUCACUCAUAAUCAUAAAGGUAACAUUUGAAUUAAGUAACAUAAAUAAAGUACAGUAAAAUACUCACCAAAAUAAUUGUUACUGAAUACAAAAUCCGGGAAAGCCAUGCGCAAUGCGCAUCCACACACUGCGUUCGCUAGCGACUGGCGAGCCGAGCAGGCAGGGGCGGGGCGGGCGGCCGCGACAGCGGUCGUCUGUUCUCGGGUCAAGUCGGCUAGCCGAGCGCGCGGCCGCCGGUCGCCGCGCCCCGCAUCGCGCCGAUACUCGUUCGGCGUGAUUCGAUCUCGAUCCGCGCGCGAAUUUCGAAAUUGAAAAAUCCUACUUAAAUCCUAACAGGCCGUAUGCCGCUUAUUUUGGCCGGACAAGCAAUCAAAAAUCCUACGUAUGUCCUGCUUUAUCCUAACACCUGGCAACCCUAUUUGGGACCACCAAAUAAAAAACAUUUCUAAAUGGUUCAUAUUUUUUUAAAUAAUAUUACCAAAAUCGUAAAAAAAAUAAUAACUUAAGUAAUAAAUUUUGUAGGCACUUGCUACUAACUAGUACAUGAUUUUAAUUAUGGAUUUAUUUGUUAGUGAUAAGUAAUGUCAGGGGUAUUGGUAAAAUCAUCUUCGUUUUUAUUGUAUAGUUUUUCAGCUGUCAUUCUGGAAUACAUUUCCUGAGAUGGUUCGAAAUUUAUACAAUUUCCUUUGCGAUCUUGGCCUUUUGCACUUUCUGCAGCUAAAAGUGUACCAUUUACUGUUUCUGUUAUGAGACGACUUCUAAGGUCUGUUUUAUUAAAUUUGUUUUGCUAAAAACCCGCUCACAAUCUGCAUUUGCGUGAGGCAAAGACAGAACUGCGAGAGCAAGACUGGCUAAUACCUAAAGAUUAUCUACUAGUCAACCUUCAGGUGAUUUGGAGACGUUGGGUAGGUGCAUAUUUAAAUUGUGAGAUUGCACACACUUUAAAAAUAAAUAUAUAUAAAUUAAGUACUUUAAAUAAUCUCACUAUCAAUUAUUUAUGCUUAUAUUGAACCUUAUAAGAUAGAUCAAAAUAAUGUACUACAGUGCUGUACAACAUACACAUUAAAAAUGUCUGUAAAUAAGUUGGUAACAGAACAUGAAUUUACCUUCAUUAAUAACUGGAGAUUUUUCUUGAACUGGAGUAGUUUUGGCAAUGCUGCUGUCUGUUUUAUUUAAGCACUCUGCUAUUAUAGUCAUCCUUUGUCUUUUUAGAGCACAUGGUCGUUCCAAACUACUGAUUGCUCGUUUUCUUCUAUCUGGUUGACAAUCAAAUUUACUAGGUAAAAUAUCUGGUUUCAUGCGAACUUGCGAUACAAAUCCCAUGACAUGAUAUUCCAUGUAAUUUUCCAUAUCAUUUGGCAACUGUAAUUUAAAGUCUUAAUUAAAGUUUUUGUUAGAAAUAGAAUGAGUAUUCUAACCUAAAAAUCCAAGUUGCAUUCAACGGAAAAAAAACUAUCUUUUUUAGAUAUUACUUAUUAUUAUUAUUACGUUAAUAUAUUUAACGAACAUUACUUAUAGCAAAAAAGUAAGAAAUAUUAAUAUUUCAGUUACAUUUGGCCAUAAGGGAGUAAGUUUUUAAAAAUUAUUCAACUACCCUAUUCGGGUUCUUUUGUAUCUUGAAGCUGUUCAGGGUAGCGAGCUUUUGCAAUAGGCAAUCUUCUCCAUUGAUCGUCUAUCUCUUGUUUUUGGCUGACAUUAAAAGACGCACUUAUGCGUGGCACGACUUCCAUUAGGGGCAUCAAUGUUGGGACGAGAUCUCUGAAAUUGUUGGAGAGAGCUGAUACAGGUCCUAGAGCUUGUAGUUUUGACAGCACAGGGUCUUCCAUGUCGUAACGUUUUUUUAUUUCUAAGGCACUAUUCCUGAGGAAAUUUCUGCAACUUGUGAAAAACAGUGCCUUUUUUGCGGACUGCCUGACCACAUCCGGAUGUUUAAGCAUUUCAUAAACUUUAAUGCCAAGGUACAUUACGGCGUCAUUCAAUUGAAAUUGCUCAUUAUUAGGAUCUACUUCACUAAUAUUCUGCUGCAUAACAUAUUCUCGUUGUAAGUAACGCAGAAGAAUUUCUUGAUAAAAAUCUCGAAUUUUAUCAACCACCCUACCCUACUUGUCAAAUAAACAACAUCAUCAGUGAUUUUGGGAGAAGAUUGUAAUUUUUUAACGUUUUUUCUUUGUUCUUCCCUUUUCUUUUCCAAAACAUCACUGUGAGUGAUAUUACCUCAGCUCCUGGUGCUACUUUUCGGCGCUGUGGUUUUGGUGAGUUAUCACUUCGUUUGACUAUUUGUAGAAGUAGUUCUUCGAAGGAAAUAUUUUGGUCUUGCAUUUGAUAUUCCAAUGAUUCAUUUUGAUUGUCAAUUACUACUACAGCUUCAACGUUCUCACGAGUUUGUCGGUGAUUGAAGAAAUUAAGUUCUAACGUCAGUAAAGUUUUCGGGUUCCUCCUGAUUGUUUCGUUCUUUUUCGCCAUAUUUCGUGAACUUUCAUGUUCUUUCCAAAGUCUUCUUUAAUUUAAUUCUUCUUCUUUAAUUGGCUUCAAGUUAUCAAACUGAUCUUCUUUAAUUUCGUCUCGAUUUACAGGAUAUAUGCCCGGUUUUCGAAACCCAUUUCUUAGGACCUGAGAAUCUAUUUCAGCCCAUACUUCCCCAAUUAGUCUUGCAAACUCACUUUUUGGUUGGUCUUGGACCGCAGGCAAAAAAGUUUUUUUUUUAAGUUUCAAAUACCCCUGUCUCCAUCCAACCAUUUUUAGUUGCCGCAUAAGAUGCCCCUGGAUAUGCUUGGGAUUGGGAAGAAGUCCAUGUAUCCCAUACAUUUUUACCUUUGUAGAUACCUAAUUAAAGGUGGCGUCUUUUCACCUGAAGCACUGGCAUCAAGUAGCACUGUAACAUUAUCUCUUCCUGGUGAAGAAAUAACUCUAGUUGCUGCAUGACCUUUUGCACCAAUGAUUUUAGUUUUGGCUGGAUCCUUGGAAAAACUCGUUUUGUCUAGAUUCCAUAUGGCCGACGGUUUGUUUUCCAACUUUAAAUCGCUUAUAAUCUUUUCGAGGAGAUCAAAAUAAGGGUAGAUAAUAAAUGGGUCUAACUGCCCAUUUUCGUGCGUACUCCAGCCUCAGCCUGAGGUUUUUUUUUGUAUUUAAAAAUAAAUAUAUUAUGAAAGAAUGUAGUUCUUCAGUUGUGUUAGAACCUUUAGCACAAGCUAAUCAAUAGCUUACCAUCGGGUUAACCGACCAUGUGUGAACUGUGUCUUAUACUACACGUGUAUUCUUUUGAGGAAAUAAACCCUUUAUUCACACGCAUGUUUAUUUAUAUUGUUACCCAAUAACCAACAGUUUAUUUAUUUAUUUUAAUUUUAAAAAUAACUUGCUUCACUUCUUACAUUUUAAUUGUCUACAACCAAGGAAACCACGUUAUACCUCGUAUAGCGCUGGUGCAUAUUGUUAUAAGAUGUAUUUGUUUGGGCCGCUGUACAAACUGUAACGCUGUAACCUUGUAGUCUGUUCUAGUUACUUUAAUUGCUCUUUUUAUUGUAAGUUCCUAUUUGUUUUUUUUUGUUAUGUAAUUAAAUGUAUUAAUUGAUUA